UCACCCGUGUUCCUCUGCUCUGCUGGUCGGGUUCCAAACAAAACAAAGUGGGUCCACACGCUACCUCGCGCUUUUCCGCAUCGGGGCGGUAGCUGUGACGUCGUCGACGAUCCAGUUCAACAAAUCCUCCAUCUCAUUCUUCCCAAUGGUUCCGACUCGUCUCCUUUCAGCGCUCUCGCUGCUAGGAAUCUAUGUUUCUGCCUUCCCGGUUGUGGAGCAGCAACCUCUAGGUGACGGUCUCCAAGAUGUGUUCCAGUUCGAGCAACCAAAUGCCGAUGCAGAGUCCUUCCGGACACUUUCAGGCCGCUUUCUGCACAUAACAGAUCUUCAUCCAGACCCCCUUUACGAGCCCGGAACAUCCGACGAAAAGAGCUGCCACAGAGGUGAGGGCUCCGCCGGGUACUAUGGCGCCGAAGAGACUGAAUGCGACUCGCCAAUUACCCUCGUUAACGAGACAUUUCGCUGGAUCGAGAACAACCUUAAAGACAAGAUUGACUUUGUCAUCUGGACCGGUGACUCUGCACGGCAUGACAAUGAUGAGAGGAAUCCCCGCACGGCAGAUGAGAUCGUCCGCUUGAAUCAGUUCAUGGUGGACAAAUUCACCGAGGUCUUUAGCGGAAAGGACACCAUCCCCAUUGUUCCGACUUUCGGGAAUAACGAUGUAAUGCCGCAUAAUAUCAUGAAGACCGGUCCGAACCGGUGGACGAAGAAGUACCGCGAAGUCUGGCACAAGUUUAUCCCCGAGCAUCAACGUCAUAGUUUUGUCGAAGGCGGCUGGUUUGUCUCCGAGGUGAUCCCCGAUGAGCUCGCAGUUAUCAGCUUGAACACUCUAUACUUCUUCGACUCCAAUUCUGCCGUCGAUGGGUGCGAUGCGAAAUCGGAGCCCGGCUAUGAGCACAUGGAGUGGCUUCGGAUCCAACUGGAGAUGCUGCGGACACGUGACAUGAAAGCCAUUUUGAUAGGUCAUGUUCCUCCGGCAAGAUCUGGCAGCAAGCGCAGCUGGGAUGAAACAUGCUGGCAAAAGUAUACACUAUACGUGAACAGAUUCCGUGACGUCGUCGUUGGCAGUGCAUACGGGCACAUGAAUAUCGAUCAUUUCAUGCUGCAGGACAGUCGCAAAGUGGACAUUACUGCCAGCAGUGAGUCCAUUGUCUCGUCCGAUCUUUACGAUGACUCAGGAGAGAUCUCCAUCCAGUCUCGUUAUGACUAUCUAUCCAGUCUCAGGAAAGACUGGUCUAGUCUACCGUCUCCACCUGAUGGUAUGCCGAAAGGCAGCUUUCUGGCAGAUGGAUGGUUCGAAGAGGAACAGGAAGCUGCGACGCGCUCAAAGAGCUCAAAUCCCAAGAAGCAGAAGAAGUUUCUCAAAAAGAUUGGCGGCCCCUGGGCCGAGAGGUACAGUGUGUCGUUAGUGUCACCGAGUGUGGUGCCGAACUUCUUUCCUACGCUGCGGGUAGUCGAGUAUAACAUUAGUGGCUUAGAGACCAAGAUUUCGGCCGACGCCCCUACCUACAACAACCUGGGUAUGGCGAACGUGGUCCACGAUGAGGAUGGACUUUCGGCCGACAAGAAGAAGAAAAAGUCCAAGGACAAGGUUCCCAAGCCCCCAUCACCGACUGCGCCUCCGGGGCCGGCAUACUCUAACCAGGCAUUGACCUGGCUUGGAUACACUCAAUAUUUUGCCAAUCUGACCGAGAUCAACCGUCAGAUGGCGCAACGCCACCAAACGUCGGCAGACGAAUUCUCUGACUCUGACCAAGACAAUGGCGCUCGUGAGCUGAAUCUGGCAGAUGUCUUUACGUUCGAGGUCGAAUACGAUACCCGAAAUGACAAGAUCUACAAGAUGGAGGAUCUCACCGUGCGGAGCUUCUUCAAGCUGGCGAAGCGAAUUGCUAAGAACAAGGCGGGUAAAAACGAUAUCUGGGUUGAGGAUGCGACCGCCGGAGAACUCGACGCGAAUGCUUCUGGUACCGUCGACGAUAUCGGAGACGAAUUAGAAGUCGAGAAGAAGAAGAAAAAGAAGCAUAAGAAGCCUAAGAAUCGAACAUGGAGAGCAUUCUUGGAGAGAGCUUUUGUCGGAACUUUGGACCGUGACGAACUUGAUGAUAUAGAAUAAUGGUACCUGCUUGCCUGUUCACGGGCGAGUUGGACAGGAGGUAUACGACGUUAUGGCUGCGACGUUUCCCUUGCUCUUAGCUUAUCUGUGUUGCUGCAAUGUAUAUAGUGCUUCAGUCAUAAAGAUCACUUUUG